AUUCACUCACAGUGAUAUAAUCUUAUUUCUUUUGUCACUGUCUCUCUAAUCUCCUUCCCAAAUUAAAACCCAUUUUCAUGUUUGCUCAAGUUGUAGCUUAGCUCAAAGUUGCACUUCAAAUUUGUCCAACUACUACAAAUUACAUCUACUUUAUCUUUUGAGUCAACUUCGGAAGAAGAUGAGUCUACCGGCGAACACACUCAGACCACCACCACCACCACCACCACCUCUUCCACUUCCACACUCAUCUUCCCAGACUCAACCCUCUUUCCCCAAUCAACCUCCUCCUAAGAACCGCUCCCUCUCUCACUCUUCACGCCUUAACCAAAAACCCAUUGACCCAAUUGUCAAAUGGACCUCUUCCAUAGCCACUCUUUGCCGAAACGGUCAACUAGCUGAAGCUGCCCAACACUUUUCUCGGAUGAGAUUGGCCGGAGUCGAACCUAAUCACAUCACAUUCAUCACCCUUUUCUCUGGGUGUGCUCAUUUUCCUCGCAAGAGUUUGUGUUUUGGUACUUCAGUUCAUGGUUAUGCUUGUAAGCUUGGGUUGGAUUCUGGUCAUGUCAUGGUGGGAACGGCGAUUGUAGAUAUGUACGCGAAAUGCGGUCUAGUUGAUUUCGCUAGAGUCGUUUUUGAUGGGUUGAAGGUGAAGAAUUCGGUGUCUUGGAAUACUAUGAUUGAUGGUUAUAUGAGAAAUGGUAAGGUGGAAAAUGCUGUUGAAGUGUUUGAUGAAAUGCCUGAGAGAGAUAGAAUUUCGUGGACUUGUUUGAUUGGUGGAUUUGUGAAAAGGGGUCUUUCAGAGGAAGCCUUGGAGUGGUUUCGUGAGAUGCAAGUCUCUGGUGUUGAACCAGAUUAUGUGACCAUAAUCUCUGUUCUUGCUGCUUGUGCUGAUUUGGGAACUAUUGGUUUAGGUUUAUGGAUGAAUAGAUUUAUCAUAAAUCGUGAAUUUAAGGACAAUAUCAAGAUUAGCAACUCAAUGAUUGAUAUGUAUGCUAGGUGUGGAUGCAUUGAAUUUGCUCGACAAGUGUUUGAGAAAAUGCCUCAAAGAACAUUGGUUUCUUGGAACUCGAUAAUAAUUGGAUUUGCUAUUAAUGGGCAUGCUGAGGAAGCACUUGAGUUCUUCAAUUUAAUGUUGAACGAAGGUUUCAAGCCCGACGGGGUUAGCUUCACUGGUGCUCUUACUGCAUGCAGCCAUGCAGGGCUAGUUGAAGAAGGGCUUAUGCUCUUCGAAAAUAUGAAAAAAGUUCAUGGAAUUAGGUAUAGGAUUGAGCAUUACGGGUGCCUUGUUGAUCUCUACAGCCGAGCUGGGAGAUUAGAAAACGCGCUAAAUGUGAUAGAAACUAUGCCAAUGAAACCGAACGAAGUUGUUGUGGGAUCAUUGCUGGCUGCUUGUAGAACUCAUGGUGAUAUCUCAUUAGCAGAAAGAUUAAUGAAUUAUCUCAACGAGUUGGAUCCCGGGGGUGACUCUAACUAUGUUCUCCUAGCGAACAUAUAUGCCGCGGUUGGAAAAUGGGACGGUGCAGGCAAGGUUAGGAAGAUGAUGAAGGCUCGGGGAAUACAGAAGACACCGGGAUUUAGUUCCAUUGAAAUUGAUUGUAACCUUCAUGAAUUUGUGUCUGGUGAUCACUCCCAUGAUGAGGCAGAGUGUGUAUAUUCAAUGCUUGAGCUUCUUUCGUUUGAACUAAAAGCAUCUGGCUAUGUUUCGCAGAAUAUUUUAAGCACUGAAUCAUAUGAGAAUGAUUGAUUGAAGCACUUGUUUUAUUUUGUAUGAAAUGAACAAACAUUGAAGUGUGAAGGAAUUUUGUGUUAGUGUAAGAGAGAUCAAAGGGAGUAGCUUAGCUU